AGUGAACAGACAGACGGAGCUCAAGUUUACAAAUGGAGUGUAUUUUCGGAAGUUGGCUUAACGCCAUUGGGCUCUACGCGAUCGUUAUUUUCCUGAUCGAUACGCUGAAAUCUCCUCUUUCCUACCUGUUGUAUUCGAUAAUUGGAAGUAGAAAACCGCUACCGGAAAAAUACGGCAAAUGGGCAGUGAUCACGGGCAGUUCCGAUGGAAUCGGGAAGGAGUACGCGGCACAGCUGGCCAAGGCGAAGAUGAACCUGCUUUUGAUUUCCCGAUCCGAAACCAAAUUGGCCAAGAUAGCUGUGGAGUUUCGAAUCAAGUACGGAGUCGAGGUGAAAUACUUGGUGAUCGACUUUUCCGACGGAGCCGAAGUGUACGACAAAAUUCAGGAAGCGAUAAAAGAUCUUGAAGUUGGCGUUUUGGUGAACAAUGUAGGAAUGCUGAACGAUCAACCGAUUCGGUUCGACAAAAUUUCCAAGGAAGAAAUCCAGCACACAUUCACCGUCAAUAUGCUGUCGACUGCCCGAAUGACUCACCUGGUGCUGCCAGAAAUGAGACGGCGACGUCGUGGGAUCAUCAUUAACAUCGCAUCGGGUGCGGGUGAAUUGCAUGUCGGAUUCGCUACCAUGUACAGUUCCUCCAAGGCAUUCGUCAUCAGUUUUACGAAGGCCAUGCAGCAGGAACUGAUCGGAAGCGGAGUCGAGUGUCAGCUGGUCAAAACGCUGAUGGUCGAUACGAAAAUGGUUAAGGAAUGGCAAAGAUCGGGCCCCACCGGAUUAUUCAUUGCGGAUUUGCACGAAUAUGGAAAGUCGGCUUUUGCGACAAUUGGCAAGAUUAGCGAAACGACAGGCUGCACUUCCCAUGCAAUUCAGCUUAUGGUAUCACACGCCCUGCCCGAUUGGUUUGUAACGUUUUGGUUGAGCUUUUACAUGAGAUUCAUGACGAGGAUGAACAACAAAGCACGGAGGGCCCAAAAAGAAGCAGAACUCAAGCAGUAAUUUUUCUAGUCUUAGUUUUUGAUAUUUUACAAUUUUAUUUAAUUCUUAAGACCGUAGUUUUGUU